GCACGCCAUGUCCCAAAUGCAGAGCGGGCCAUGGCGGGCACGUUCGCCGCCUUCCCCUUCGGCUGGGAGGCAGACUCUGGGCUGCUGGUGCCCAGCCGGGGCCGCAGGCAAGACUGGACGCUGACCAGCAGCGGCGUGGGGCUGGAUUAUGCCUGCCCGUUGCCCUUCCCACCCCCUUUGGCGCGAUCGACGAUCCAUGAGCCGCUGCCCCCGGCCUCGGAGAAAGUAUGGCGAGACAUGGUCAUUCCGCGGCUGGCGACCACGACGCAACUGACCCACUGCCUAAAGACCCACGGGGGGCCUCUGGCUCAGCUGCGCCACCCUGUGGCCGCCCUGCACUGGACCGUUCACUACAAUAAAGACUUACGAGAGAAGCUGAAGCGGAGGCCAUGGAGGUUCCCGCUGACCAUGGGUAACCAGAAGAGUGAGAUGAGGGAUUGCUACCCUGGCUGGCCUAAUCUGCCGCACUACCCCACCUUCCACGCUGGACCUCAACCCUUUGGGCUGGCUGCUCAUCAUACAGAGGGAGCAUCCAAGUCCGUCGUGCCCAGCACCAGGAAUGAAGAGCUGGCAGGAACGCCCUUCUACGUCCGCGACAACGCUGUCCUGCGGCUCAAUGAGCCUUACAUGUCCAUCACCACCCAGGAUUUCCAUCCCUUCACACAGAAGCAACUACAAGGUUACGCCCGAAAGGAUGAUUCGAAACAGAACCCAGAGGGCCGGGAUAUUUAUCCUCUGAUCCGGGUGCCUGGGCCGAUGCGGGACGUCAGCCAGUUCCACCUUGCCACCCGGGUGCCUCGCCUGGUUCCCAGCACAGCCCCUGUGCCCUACCGGGGCUUUCGCAGCCUGGCACAGGAGUCCUACCAACUGCCCAAUGACCACCGGCGCACGUGGGACCGUUUCUGCCCGGUGGAGAGGCCACCAACCGUCUCCUACAAGGUGCCCGUGGUGGAGAUCCUGUGCAUACCAGGCAUGUACGAGACGGAGUAUAAGUGCUAUGGAAGCAGCAAACCGGUGCCCGUAUAAGAUCUGGGCAUAGCAGUUCCAUAACAGUUUCAAUCCCUGUCCUUCCUGCGAACAGAAAAAAAUAUAUAAUUUUCUGGAGAUGUUCAUUUUAAUGAAACUAUUCUACUCUUCUACCUGGUAUUUAGAACCAUUUGGUGGGGGGCACAUCUUGGGCUACUCCAGAUUAAAAAUGAGCUGGUUUGGGGAUGGAUUUUUUUGUGUGUGGGGGGGGAAAGCUGUGGUGAGUUAAUAUGUAUUUUUGACUUCCAGAAGAGGUAAUCGGAGAAAACGCAAAAGAAUGGAAUAAACAAACUGAAGUGAA